AUGAGGAGCGCCUUUCGCUGGUUCAACCCAUCAAGUACCGAGGACCCAAGGGACCCGUCGACCCGGUCCACUACCACCACCGCCGCCGCCGCCGCCCACAACAGCGAAGACAGGCGCACCUGCACACCCAGCAGAGGUGACUGCGCCAGCGCCGAUAAUAUUAGUUAUCGUGCGUCGGCCUUCUCGUCUGCUUCUGACAACGCCUUCGCUUCUCCUUCACCAGGUUCCUCCAACUCAACCUCUCUCACCCCCAACUCGCCCUCCCCUCAACCACUCACGCCUACCGACUCUUUCGACGUGCGUGAUUCUCGUGCAGGCCUCUGGUCGACCAAGCCAAUCACCAUUGCCACACCCACAAGAGACCCUUCGCUGUCGUCCGCCUCCCCCUCUAUUAUCCCCGCCAAGUCCAGCUUCGAUAGGAAUCCCUUCGAGUUGCCCGACGAUCUCCUCGACUUCCCUCCCAUUCCGACAAAGAGCAUCGAUAUGACCACUGGCCCUGCCAUGGAUUCGGCCAUGGGUCGGAGUCGUCAGGACUCCUUUGUCAGCGCAGGUCCCAAGCCUAUUUCUAUGGCCAACCCCAAUCGUGACCAUGUCAAUCGCCAACGUCGCGAAAGUCUCGCAGGCAGCCUGAUGGGCGGCGCCAGCUGGGGAGGAAUGUCCUUCGGCAGCUUUAUUCGCGAUGAUAUUGCUAUGGCAGGCACCUCGCCUUUCGCCCAUCAAGCGUCACCAUCCUUCCACUCCGGAUCCUACUUGCCCAAGCUCGAGGCCAGCUUCAUGAAAGACUUCACCUGCUGCGGCCUUAACCUGCCCAAUCUCCACGAUCUUCUGCAGCACUAUGAGGAAGCACACACCCAACCGAGCCCGAAUACUGCGCGCAACGCGCCAUUUUCGUCCCAGUAUGCCGCGAUCCCUACCCAACCGUCGUCUAGAGCCACCAGUGUUAGGCCACAGACGCAACAGCAGAAUACGGCUUCCCUGUCGCAACUCGGCCAGCAGAGUCGCCCGGGGUCUAACCUCGGCGGCGGCAUGAGCGGUCUCGGGAUGCAGCUUGGUCAGCAACAUAUGGCUGGGCAGCAGCACCACCAAUUUGACGACUUGGACCCCGUUGCCGACAUGGAGAUGGACGAUGCACUUGGAAACAUGGAAAUGGACGACAGCCAGAGAACCAUGUCCCAAACCCGCCAGAUGUUUGGCCAACAACAAAAACCGCAGCUGCAUGUUAACGCCUCGGGCCUCACUCAGGGACUUCGUACAUCCCAGCCACCGACUCCUGCAGCCGCGAGCUUUGGUCUUCAGCACAACCCGACGGUUUCUUCGGUUAACACGCCCACGCUUACGACCCAGCAAACACCCCAGCAGCAACGGUCGAACAACGGAUUCCUCCAGAACUCUCAAAUGCAGUCUAUGGACGACAUGGACGACAUGGACGAGGAUCUUCCUGGUAUGCCCAUGGGCGGCAACAUGGAGCUGAACGGAUCAAACUUUGGGGAUUCGAACUUUGGCAACUCCAACUCAAACCCCGAGUUCUGCAUCAAUGAUCCCGGCAAGCACCUCUUCAGCCCUGGCGGUGCUCUCUCCAACCAACAGCGGGCAAUCCAGCAACACCUCAUCGGAAUGGGCUUCGAUCCUAGCCAGCCCAACAGUCCCGCCAACAAGGCCCUCAUGCAGAAGUUCGGCGCAAUGAUGAUUCCCGAGGAGCACAAGCCCUUCAAGUGUCCCGUCAUCGGUUGCGAGAAGGCAUACAAGAACCAGAACGGCCUGAAGUACCACAAAACUCACGGCCAUCAGACGCAACAACUGCACGAAAAUGGCGACGGAACUUUCUCCAUCGUGAACCCCGAAACCAGCGCGCCGUACCCUGGCACGCUCGGAAUGGAAAAGGAGAAGCCGUUUUCUUGCGAAGUGUGUGGCAAGCGCUACAAAAACCUCAACGGUCUCAAAUACCACAAAGGACAUUCCGCACCGUGCAACCCUGACUUCAAGUUUCUGGCUGCGGGGCUCAAUAACCUCGCUACCCUACCGGGUCUCAUGGAGAAUUCCAUGUCCAACCUUCCCGGGAUUGGUGAAGACCAGAUGAUGUAG